AUGGUCAGAAAGUGGUUAUUCGGAAGCUUCUCUGAAGCUCCAGCACCCAAGGUCGAUCCCAGCCUAUCAGAUGUUACGGUAUGGACGACAACUAGCACGACGGGACCGGAUACAGACGUCACGUCCACCCCUAACGACGACGUCGCCCUGUCCAUCCAUCCGUUGCCCACGAAAGAUGGCCUUAUCGCCAAGAUCACUCCUCCAGCCGCGCCCGCCAAGUUCAUCGCCCACGUGCCGUGCGAUAUCGUUCUCGUCAUCGACGUGUCGGGGAGCAUGGGUUGCAACGCCCCGGUCCCAGCCAAAUCGGGAGAAAGACCGGAAGACUACGGCCUGUCCGUCUUGGAUCUGGUGAAGCAUGCCGCGCGCACGAUUAUAGAGACGAUGGACGAGGGUGAUAGACUUGGCAUUGUGACCUUUGCGUCCAGGGCCAAGGUUUUGCAGAAGCUCACCCCGAUGACUGGGAAGAAUAAGAGGCUCGCGGAAAAGAAUAUUAAGAGCAUGAGGCCCAUUGACUCGACUAACUUGUGGCAUGGAAUCUUGGAGGGCAUCAAAGUGUUCAACGAGGGUGGCGAGGUGAAUACCGGGAGGGUUCCUGCUAUCAUGGUCCUGACGGAUGGAUUGCCGAAUUAUAUGUGCCCCAUCCAGGGAUAUGUACCGAAGCUCCGCGCCAUGGAACAGUUGCCGGCCUCGAUACAUACGUUUGGCUUUGGAUACUCGUUGAGGUCUGGGCUUCUAAAGUCCAUCGCCGAGAUUGGCGGCGGCAAUUACGCCUUCAUCCCUGACGCAGGAAUGAUUGGAACUGUCUUCGUUCACGCCAUGGCCAACUUGCAAGCGACAUAUGCCGUCAACGCGACACUACGACUCACCUACCCAGCUGUCCUUGACUUGGAGGAAACAACAGGUGACUCGGUCGUCAAACAAGAAGUCAUCACUCUCCCCGAUGAGGAGGGCGAACCAAAACAGCUCUCAAUCUCUCUAGGAAACCUACAGUAUGGCCAAUCAAGAGACAUCUACCUCCGAGUAAAAGCCCCAAAGGACCUCGCCCCCGAAUGCUCCAACAUCAUCGCCUCCGUGGAAUACUCCCGCAUGACAAGCGCACUUUACAGAAAAACAACCGAACAAUCACUCCAGAACCCAACUACCCUCCCCGAAACCGAAAUAGCAUACCACAUCUCCCGCUCGCAGAUAUGUUCCUUCCUCUCCUCCAUCAUCCCCCUCAAGGAAAACGGCGAGCACGAAGCUCUGGAGGAAAUCCCGCCACCAAAGCUCAAAGAACUCGAAACGCUCAUCACAACCAUACCCGCGCAAAUGUUCCCCGACGAACCAAAGAACAACUCCCUACUCCAAGACCUCUCGGGCGCGGAACCAAAGGGCCAAAUCUCCCUCGCGCUGACGAAACCAGACUACUACGUGAAAUGGGGCGUCCACUACCUCCCCUCGCUCCUGAACGCGCACACCAGACAAAUCUGCAAUACGUUCAAGGACGCGGGGCCGCUACAGUACGGCGUCGACAGCGCCAUGUUCAUCGCCUGCAGGAACAAACUCGACGACGCAUUCGAUACGCUGCCUCCCCCGAAGCCGUCGAACGGGGCCACCGCGACCCACCGUGGAAACUUCAGCAUGAGCUCGUACAACAACGGCGCGGGCGUCUGCUUCAUCGCCUCGACCCCCGUUUGUCUUGCGUCCGGCCGGGAGGUGCCCAUCAAGUCUCUCCGGAGAGGUGUCGCAGUACAGACGCCUUCUGGUCCGCGGCGCGUCGUCGCCGUUCUCAAGACUCCUGUGCGUAGAGAAAUAAUGUGCCGCGUCGGGGAACUGGUGGUGACUCCCUGGCAUCCGAUCUCGGCGGAUGGAGGAAAGUCGUGGGUUUUCCCCGCGAAUGUGGCGCGCCGGCCUGUGAGAUACACGGGGUGUAUUUACUCCGUCCUCCUGCAGCCUGAUCAGAACUCUAAUGCGCACGCAAUCAAAGUUGCGGGCGUAUGGGGCGUGACGCUGGGUCAUGGGCUUACUAUCGGGCAGGAUGUGCGGGCGCAUCACUUUUUCGGACAUUAUGGUAGAGUUGUCAGCAGUCUGAGGAGCAUUGGAGUGCGCAGAAGUGGCAUUGCCGUUGGAGGAGGUGUUAGUCGGGAUACUAGGACUGGAUUGGUUCGUGGCUUCAGGCCGGCUCAGAAGGUUAUGAUGCACAGGGGAAAACAGGCCGCUGGCAAACCUGUGUGA